AUGGUGGCUCACGAGGCUCAGGAGCAGCAGAAGCAGCAGACACUCUUCCUGCUGCAGCAGGAGGUGCAGCUGGGGCAGCCUCGCAUCUGUGACGCCCCAAGCAGCGACGGAAGCAACGACAGCAACAGAUGCAGCAAACGCAGCAGCAGCAGCAGCUGCAACGGCGGCAGCAGCAGCAGCUGCAGCGGCGAUGUCAGCAGCCUCAAGAGCAGCCCCAGAAGCCGCAGCAGCCGUAGCAGGGACAGCAGCAUCACACCCUCUGCGUCCCCCAUUAGUCCCGCCACCAGCAGCCCCGCAGCAGAGGCAGCAGCAGCAGCAGCAGCUGCUGCUGCUGCUGCAGCAACAGCCGCAGCUGGUGUGCAGCCCCAGCAGCAGAGUCUAGUCGAAGUUCAGGUGGGCCCACGUCUGUUCCACGCCACGUGGGAGACAGCCUCGAAGUGCCCUGCGCUGCUGCAGCAGCUGGAGCAGCUGCAGCAGCAGCAGCAGCAGCAGCAGGGGGUCCCUCGCCUGGUGCUGGACUGCCAGCCCGAAGUCUUUUCCAUCAUAUUAACUUACUUAAGGACCGGGGAAAUAGACAAAGAGCUGCUGCUGCAUGCAGCGCAUGCAGCUGUGGGGCCCCACACCACUGCAGCAGCAGCAGAACGGCUGCUGCGCAGGGAGUUCCGGCUGCUGCUGCUGCCUUGGCCAGACAAGUGCAGCCGCUGCGGCUCUCUCUAUGACUCCCAGCUGUACGCAGAUCUGCCUCAAAGGGGGCCCCCCUCGCGGCUGCCAGGGGGGGCCCCCCAGGGGGCCCCUGGGGGGCCCCCCAGGGGGGCUCCCGGGGGGGCCCCUCAGGGGGGCCCCCUCGGGGCCAUGAAGGACGUGCCACUCUGUUAUGUGCAUCCGGGGUACCUCAAGAGCAGCAGCAGCAGCGCGGGGGGCAGCAGCAGCUACAGCUGCUGCGGCUUCGCUGAAGAAGAUGUGGGGUGCACAGCAACGCUGCACUGCAGCAGCAAAAUGCCAGUGGGGGGGCCCUGCAGAACAGCAGCAGCAGCAGCAGCAGCUGCUGCUGCUGCUGCUGCUGCUCGGGGGCCCCGGGGCCCCAGCGAAUGCUUCCUGGAGCGCUGCCAGUGGGGGGCCCCCGUCGCCUGUGGGGCUGGGGGGCGCGAGGGUUUAGGGUUUUGUUUGGGGGGCAGCAGCGACAUAGAAGAUGUAAGAAAACCCGACAAACUUUUUGCUGACAAUGCGGGCCCCCUGGGGGCCCCCUCAGCGCGGCUGGCCUGCUGCAGAAGGAGGGGAAGGCCCGCGCUCAAGGGGCCCCAGGUGACCCUCCCGGCCCCAGAGGCCACCGCGCACGCAGCAGCAGCAGCAGCAGCUGCUGCUGCUGCUGCUGCAGCAGAGGGCGGGGAGCAGCAGGGGCCCACAGAAGCCGAACUGGCUGGGGGGCCCCCUCCUGAAGAGCUUCAGGGGGAAGAGGCCGCAGAGUUGACACAGGGGGAACUUGCAGAAGCUGAUGCUGCUUGGUCAACUGAGCAGCAGCAGCAGCAGCAGCAGCAGCAGAAAGGGGAGGAGGAAGAAGGGCAGCAGCAGGACGAGGAGCAGGCACACCAGCAGCUGCAGCAGAAGCAGAAGCACAAGCAGCAGCAGCAUUCCCAGCAGCAGCAGCAGCAGCAGCAGCAGCUGCAGCAGCAGCAACUGGCCCGCCCUCGCGCGAGGCCCAGCCCGAGGCCCCACGGAGUGCAAAAUGUUCAGGGGCCCCAGGGGGUACCCCAGGGGCCCCAGGGGGCCCACCCGCCAAACCCAUUAUUUAAGACUCGGAUGUGUCAGUUGUACAAGAGUGGGCUCUGCCGGCUGGCCUCUCACCGCUGCAAGUUCGCGCAUGCGCUGCGGGAGCUGCGUUCAACAGCAGACUGCUACAAAACCAGUUUAUGUUUCUUUUGGCUUAACGGCUUCUGCAGGGCUGGGGCUGCAUGCAGACACGCCCACGGCGAAGACGAAGUGCGCCUCAAGUGCACUUACAGCUGCCCCUAG